AUUGGGUAUUGGACUGAGAUUGGGCUUUAUAAUUACUAAAAAGUAUUUUUUUAUUAAUGAAAUGCACAAAAUGAAUAUUAAACCUGAUUUAAGCAGCAUUGAUAGUUAUCAAAAACUAUUUUCUAAGUUAGAUAACCCUGACGUGGUUUUUCAAAAUUUUGUAAAGAAGUUGGCCAAAUAUCACUUUCAGGUCAAAGCUACAAUACAGGAUAUAUUAGAAUGUAGAGAAUCCAUGGAGGCGUUGAGUGAGCUCAAUGAAAAGGGUCGGGCAAAGAUAAAUCUAUUGAGAGAUGAAAUAGAAAAUAUGGAAUUAUAUGGGAAGGAAGCCUCUGAUGAUAAAUAUACUGCGGAACUGGCUUCCCAGAGGCAACAGCUGGCUAUCCUUCUUAAAGAGUUCAAAGAUGCCAACAUUUCUAGCAUGUUUGCAAUAGAGAAGGCUCAGCGGGAGGAGCUGCUCAAGCCGCCAGAAGGAGAUGAAUCAGCUCUUAGAAACAGAAAGAAAAAAGUUGACCGUGAUGCAUUGCUUGAAAAAUCUUCAGGUGUGACUGAGCAGCUGCUACAAAUCAGCAGACAGUUAGCUGACACAACACAAAGAAGUCAGAAUACGCUCGACAGUUUAGUUUCAUCCAGUUCUACUGUUCAUGGAACACAAUCAGAGCUUCAGAACACAGCGGGAUCUAUAUCAGAAUCUAGCAAGCUGUUGAAGAAAUACGGACGCAGGGAGUUCACAGACAAACUCAUUAUGUUCUUUGCAUUCCUUUUUUUCUUGGCUGUGUGUCUAUACAUCGUUCAGAAGAGACUGUUUUAGUUUUAACAUGCCAUGACUGGUACUAUACUGUUUUAUAGACAAAUGAACAAUUUUGGUACUAUACUGUAUAGACAGACUGUGAUUAGACAAAUGAAAAAUGGAUAGCUUAUGUUUUAUGUUGUUUUUACAGCUGAGCAUAUGAGUGACUUAGAUUAGCACGAACCGUGUUUUUUUUUUCUCGGGACCUUAGAGGAAUUUUGUAGUAUUUACUGUUUGUUAUUGUUUAUUUGUCUAUGAUUGUAAGUCUAGACAUGGAGAAAUAAGUAAGGAUAGAGUACAUCAUCAUACAUCAGUUUUCUUACCAGAACGCGGGUUAUUUCGUAGUCGACAUCUAGCGUCGAGUAGUGGAUUUAUCAGUACCGCUACUUGACACCGAGUCACGGGUGUCGCGACUAACGGAAAAUGUAUUGCUGAAACAAUUUACAACUAAUAUUACAAGCAGAAGUUGAAAACAGAGUUCCGGUUAAUUCAGUUACAUUAUUAGCUGAAAAUUGUUGAGCAUUUGACUUUUUGUUCGUCGCGACACCUAUUGUUAAGUAGCAGUACCUACUGAUAAAUUCGUUACUUGGCGCUAGAUGUCGACUAGGAAAAUAACCCUCGUUUUUGUAAGAAAACUAUGUAUGGAGUUAUAGCACUCUAUCCUUACUUAUUUCUAUAUAGAUGUAUAGGUGAAGAUGAUGCUGAUGGACGACUGUAUUUAAAAUAUUUAAUGUGUGCUUGUAGAAUGUAUUUUUUCCAGCAUUUGCUGAAUUGUUUAUAUAAUGGACUGCUAUUUUAAUUUGUAAUGAUUAUUAUGCCUAAGUUUUGCAAUUUAUUUGUAAAUAUUUUGUAAAUAUAGGUCAUUUAAAUAAAAUAUGUUUGAAAGGA